AGCUGGUGCUGAGUUACAUGAGUCGGGAUUCAGUCGGUGACUCGAUGGGACACAACAGAGAUUAACAAUAUCAUCCUGAUCGGUCUGUUGCGUUUCGUUGUUUGGUUCUGGUUCGAGUGACUUCAAAAGGAAGGAAAUCGGGGUCACUCCAUUCAUCAUACCUCAGUGAUCAAAAAAUUCACUCAUCAUUAAGCGCUAUGUACCGUACCCUCGUUUUUUUAUCCAUCAUCAGUGGUGUUUUUUCCAUUGAUUGCAACGAGCACGAUCAGAAUGAGACUGAGGGGAUGCAACUGGGAAUCGUCAUUUCACCGAUCAUGUCACCCCAGAUGAUCCGGGAAAUUGCAAUUUACUGGAAAAAUGAUAAACUCAGAAAUGGAGAUGUCAUUGGACUCUACGAAGUCCAUCCAGGUGCACCUGAUCUACUUGUCUUCGAAUUUCAACCGGAUGUCACUCAUGGCUUCAAAAAGACUGGUGUUAGUGCGGAUUUCCUUCCAACUGCCAAUCUCACCUUCAGGGAAUCUUGUUUAAAGUACUACGUGACUUUCGGUAGAAAUAACACGAUAAUAAAAGCGAAUUGUUUAUCAACGCAUCCAACGUGGAUGUCCCAGAGGAAAUCGUCACUCGGGAAAUUGCGAAUGCGAGAAAUAUUUCUGCCUGGAACUCACGACUCCGCGGCUUAUGCCAAACAUCAGGGUUCUCGAAUAGAACUCAUUGUUGAUAAAUACACAAUUACGCAGGACGAGGAUGUACUGGCGCAAUUAAUCUACGGUGCCAGAUACCUGGACAUUCGAGUUGGUCGAUACCCCAAUCAUCAGCAUGAGUUUUGGGGGAAUCACGGACCCUUCCGGAUCGUUCCCCUGCAGGUGGUGAUCGAUGCAGUCAAGACAUUUCUCAACAAUACCGACGAAAUCGUUAUUUUCGAUGUGCAAGAGUUCCCUGUCGGAUUUAAAAGCCUGGCAGCGCACAAUCAAUUAGUGGACUACCUCGAGUCUCAAUUCUCCGACUACUUAAUGGCACGACCCGCGGAUGUCUGGAAAACGAGUUUAGAGGAGAUCUGGGCAUCCCAGAGAAGACUAAUAAUUGGAUACGACUACAAUAACAUCGUCUCCAUGAGAAAGAGUGUCUGGCCUCAAGUUGGUCAGCAGUGGGGUAAUGUCCGUACGAUUGGUGCUCUCUACAAGCACUUGAACAAGAUUGAGAGACUGGCAUCCGAGGACACACUCACGACAAACCCUCAAUCACAGCCUCGAGCAGCAAUGGCCCAGUUAACACCGACAACCUUCGACGUAAUCUUCGACCGACUCGGUGGUCUUCGUAAAAUGGCUGAGAACGUUGAUAUCAAUGUGACAGAGUGGUACAAUGAAGAAUGGCAGCACACUGCCAAUGUCGUUGCUGUUGAUUUCAUCAAGGCCACGGGAAUCAUCGAAACAGCCAUCGAAUGGAACGACAAACGUGCGGCUGGAUGCUAAAAUUAAUACCUCAAUCCAGAGCAGACGAAUCCAAAAUUCAUAAAAAAUUCCCUGAAUAUCUUCAACACAAUUUCAAUUCUCCAAUUACAAUUCAAUUUCGAUUUUGCGUUAUUCUUCCGCAAAAGACUGGAACUCGAUUUUUUGCUCGGCAAUAUUCUGUUACCACACUGGUAUGGGAUCAUUGAUAAGAACCACCGAUUUUUCCACGAUAUCACAGUGAUAUAUCGAUUCUCCUGCAUCGCGAUCAUACCAUCCGGCCGGAUGCUAAUAUAAUGGGGAAUAAUCCUCCCAAGGUUGUGUGUUUUCACGAUUAUUAUCGAGUUCAGAGUGUCGUUAGCUGGUUUACUACGGGAUUCAAUAAAGAAGGUGAUUCAGUCUGCCUGCAGGUGUCCAGCAA